GGGAGGGAGGGAAGUGUAAGCCAGUCACAGCAUCUCUCCUCACUGCACCAGGGCUGAGGGACUCCUCGUCCCCUCUCUUCCCUCGCUGCAGUUUUAACUCAUCUCCAUCAAUGCAGUCAUCCUUUUUUUAUUUUUGCUUGUUGCUUUGGAUAACUGCGUUGCUUUUUCAUUUUCCCUAUUCCAGGAUGCAAGGAUUUAUUUGUUGAAAAAAACAAUCCCAAAGCAUGGAUUGCCUUGUUUGACUGAGGCAAAAGGGGCUUUUUCCAAAACCCAACGCUAAACACCGGGACUCCAACUGGGACUUUCUUUUUGUUGCUUUGCUGCUAGAGUGGAUUCCCCCCUUUUUGUUGAACUUCCAGGAUCUUGAUCAGAGUGAAAGACGUGGACUUAAAGACAAAGACAUAGGAUCCUAUACAGUUUUCGAGGAGUAGUUAGAAAAACUACGGUUGCAUCAAGCACUUGUGGAGAAGGCAUCAUGUCAGUAACAAGUUUAUGGGAUAAUUGAAAGGUGCACUGAUUGAGACCCGUCUCUGCAAGUGUGGCCACAGGGAUUUCUGAGGAGUGGAAGUGAGUGGAGCUCUGAGUUUGUCAGCUGGCCUCUCCUUACUCCUAGAGUGUCUUUUCACCCAACCCCAUGGGAUUCUGACAUUUAACCCGUCUAUCAGAUCCUGCAUGUUUUCACAUUUUGUUUUGUUUGUGCAACUUGCAGUCCAGUAACUCUGAGAGGCAAGCUCGUACUUUUGGAUUUAAGCCUUUUCUGCGUGACGGGGACAUUUUGACACGCUUUGUUUGACCAAAUUCUAGUAAUGCCUUAUAAACAAAUUCUCCCCCCACUGCCGUAUGCGCUGAAAGAGCUGUGACAUUAUCUGCUGUGGAUAUCCCGCUGUUAUUGUAGCCUGUGUCUGUGUUUUGAUUCAGACAAUAGCUGGGCAUACAUGGGCUCCAGACGCUGACAGAGAACCACCAAAAUAAGGGAAGCCUCCUCUAUCACUCACCACAAAUUGAAACUUUGAAUUAAACUGAAGAGCCAAUCCUCAUGAGGCUCUUUAAAAUAAUCUAAGCUAUAUUUUUUGUUUGGGAGAGUAUCUGCUGGAGGAAGCAUGCUCUCAGUUUUGUCCCGUAACCUUGUGUGGUUUCCUUCUUCACAUCUUCUGUGCUCUCUGCCCCUGUGGUGACGACUUAAAAUCUCCAGCCUCCUGGUGGCAACUCUCAUUAAAAUCAUGCAACGAGGCCACAGAUCGGGGCUCCAAACCAGCAGGGAAACUCGCCUCUGGGAUCAAUGCUGGUAGCGGGACUAAUGCCACUUCACUUUUGGUUGAAUCAUUUUUCCUAUUCCACUGACUGCCAUGACCAGCCAUGCUCAGUUUGAAAGAAGGGAGAAACAAGUUGUCAUGUUGUUUCAGAGACCGUACUGAUUUUCCUCCAGUCACCGUUCAUUUGAUUGAGACGCAGUGAUGUGAGGGUAUGCUGAGCAAAAGCACAGGUGUGCUUGAGAGAAUAAUACGCUUUUUGAACUGAGGGGUGGUGAAGAACCAGAGGGACACAGGCAGAUCUCCGGUUUCAAGUCAGUCUGCUUAUGGGUGGCAUACGACAAAUCUGACUCACCUACACCGAGAAAAUGAACCACUCUGAACUGACGACAGAUCCUACGCUCACCGCCAACAGCAGCGAUGGAGACAUCUUUUCUGGCAGGGUCUCCAACCACUCCUGUCCGUUGGGAUGGGGGUUGAAGGAAGGCGUGGAGGCGUGCAUAUUGGAGACUGUUGUCAUCGUGCUUUUGACGGUCCUCAUUAUCGUCGGGAACCUGACGGUGAUCUUCGUGUUUCACUGUGCCCCUCUGCUGCAUCACUACACCACAAGCUACUUCAUCCAGACGAUGGCCUACGCUGAUCUGCUGGUUGGUCUCAGUUGCCUUGUGCCCACCUUCUCUCUGCUACACUACCCAGCAGGUGUCCAGGAACCAAUCACGUGCCAGGUUUUCAGCUACGUCAUCUCUGUUCUGAAGAGCGUCUCAAUGGCCUGUUUGGCCUGCAUCAGUGUGGAUCGUUACCUAGCCAUAACUAAACCACUAUCAUACAACCAACUGGUGACGCCAUGUCGACUACGAGGCUGCAUCGCCAUCAUUUGGGUUUACUCCAGCCUGGUGUUCUUGCCCUCCUUCUUUGGUUGGGGUAAGCCAGGAUACCAUGGGGAUAUAUUUGAAUGGUGCGCUCACUCUUGGCCCACCUCGGCCAUAUUCACUGGCUUCGUGGUGUGCUUUCUUUAUGCACCCGCCGCACUUGUCGUCUGUUUUACCUAUUACCACAUCUUUCGCAUUUGCCAACAACACAACAGGGAGAUCAGUGAACGGAGAGCCCGGUUCCCCAGCCAGGAGAUGGAGCCCGGGGAGGGUAACGGCGGUGGGCAUCACGGAGGGCACGGACCGGAUCGACGCUACGCCAUGGUGCUGUUCCGCAUCACAAGCGUUUUCUAUAUGCUUUGGCUUCCUUACAUAAUCUACUUUCUUCUAGAGAGUUCUCACGUGUUAGAUAUCCCCGCCCUGUCCUUCAUCACCACCUGGCUGGCCAUUAGCAACAGCUUCUGCAACUGUGUCAUCUACAGUCUGUCGAACAGCGUGUUUCGCUUGGGCAUGCGCAGACUGUCACAGACUAUGUGCUCUUUCAGCCACUGUGGUGCAGACGAAAGGGAUUUUGGGGAGCCCAAACCGAGGAAAAGAGCAAACUCAUGCUCCAUCUGAGUGACUGCUUUAUUAACGGGGUUAAAAUUCUCCUAAAAAGUUCAUUUUCAGUAGAAAAUCUGGAAAGGCCUUUCUGUUUUGUCAAACAAUAAUCUUGACUCGCUCAAAAUAAAAUGGUGACUGGGGUUUUCAAGGAGACAGAUACAGUGUCUAGACAGAGAAUAUUAAUGAGAGGUGGGCUUUCUGUGAUGGAUUUUAUUAUCCCGCACCACAGAGGCUUAGUCAGGCCUUUACAUUAUGCCAGGCCGAGAGCAAAAGCAAAACGACAAACAUCCCCAAAAAUGAACAAUUAAACAGCUAAUUUUACCUUAAUGCUUGUCAAACUUUUAUUUAUACUUGUGAUUUUUAAUCCAUCAUAAUGUCCAUUUAAAUACACUUUAAGGUCCCUCAUUAACAUCAGACAUAUUUAAAGACAUGAACAGUGACCAUGACAACAGCAGCUGAUGAAUAUUAAAGCACAUAAUCAUGACUGUUUUUUAUUUAUUUAUUGAGGAAAAUAUCAUUUUUCUAGUUAUUCAUUUUGUUUUCCUUCGACAACUGAUCUGACUGUUGAAAUCGGCGCCUUAACAAAGUUAUCAAUGCAUUUUAUUUAUUUAUUUUAUUUAUUUCUAAACUAAUCAUUAGCUAUAAAUGGAAGAAAGCAUUUUUUUUUCCAAACGUAAGGAUAGUCGCCCAGGUGUGUCUUGUGUUUUCUGUGUGUUUUAGAGUGAUGUGUUGAAGAUGGUAGUGGAUUUUAUUUCGGAGCAGCAAAGUGUGGGGGUUUAGAUUAAUGUAAUCUGAUGUAGUUUGAAACUGCUGUAAGGAUAAAUCUGAUCUGAAAUUACAUGCCCAGUUGUGUAAAUGCUUAAGCCUGCAGGAACACGGUUAUGGGUUGUAGAUCUGUGCAUUGAACAGUACUCUAUUAUUCUUUUUUGUUUGUUUUGUCUUAUUUUUCUUAUUUUUUACAAUUUCUUCUUAAUAGUGCUCUUAAUCAUUUUUCUGUGCUUUUUAUCAAUACAUUGUGAUAAAUAGGAAAGACGACACAAAGCCCUCACACAAAGGUUGGUGGAAAUGAAAAUUAGAUCAAACUCACAUCUAUAUAAUGAAAUUAAAGUGUUUUACCGGACAGUUUUUAAUCUGAUACUAAUAGUUUAGAAAAUAAAGAAAAGAAAAAAAAAGAAAACUGUAGUUCUUUGCUUUAAUUUUAAUUACUUUUCCUGUUUUGUCACAGCCUAGCCAAAAUAUUUCAACCUCUUAACCUUUUUUCAUAUUUUUGAUGCUACAUCUAUAAGCUUGAGUGUAAUUUAUGGGAUGAACAAACACAAAGUGGUGGAUAAUGGAGGAAAAUAAACAUGAAACAUGGUUUCAAUUGUUGCACUCAUUUUUAUUCAGACAUCCUGAGUCAAUAUUUAAUAGAGCAACAAUUUGCAGUAAUUGGAGCUGCAAAAUUUUUAGAGUACGUCUCUACCAACGGAGACUCAAGUGUUGCUCAAACUCAGUGAGGUUGGAUGGAGAGUAUAUCUGGACUUAGAUAUUCAACUCUGGCCAAUGAUUCUUCUCUGAUUUCAGGUCUGUUCUUGCUGGUCCAUUACAUACAAAUAGGUUUUCAAAGCACCUCAUUGUAAUUUUGGAUGCUACUUAAGUUAACCGACCUUCUCUUAAAUCUUUUCCUGCCUGAACGUGAUUAUAUUUGUUUAUUUGUCUCCAUUCAUCGAUUCAUAAAUUGCGAAAAGCUGUUCCUGAUGAAGGAAGGCAUCCCCACAGCAUAAUGCUACUCCUACUAUGUGUCAUUGUUGAUAUGAUGUGCAGUCCAGUUCAUCCUUAGCCUCUUCUGACCGUUCUUCCUCAUGUUUGCUGUUUGCUCCAAAUGACUGAUUGCAAACUUUAAGCAGAAUAUCUUAUAGAUUCCUUUAAUUAUUUUUUUCUAUUUUCCAUCAUGACCAGAUUGUCCACAGAUGUCCAACCUGAGCCUGUGGCUUUAAACCUCUGAAUUGAUUUGUAUUUAUACAGUUUAUUUAUAUUUAUACAAAUAAAUUCAGAAGUUUAAAUAAAUUAAGUUAUGCAGUUUGAUCCAGUUUGAUCAAAUUUCUAAGUAUUCUGCUUAUAAAAUUAAAGAAAUUGUAUGCAUCCUCUUUCAGUGACUCUACAACCAUGCAUUACUUUGUGUUGGUGUAUCACAUAAUAUCCCUAAUAAAAUACAUGGAUGGAUUUAGUUGGAGGUUAUGGAAUAUUUUGUAAGGGAUAGGAUGCAAGCUUCAAAUAAAAUGAAACGUAAGUUUUUAUUCUCAUCUGUUGCUUAGGAGUCAAAAUAUUCCAGUUUCAGCCCUGAUCAGCUGCUUCCUGGUAAAUUUUAAUUAAUGUUUCCAAUAGGAGCUUCUCUCAGUUGAAGUACCAUACUCUCACAGUAAUGUUUAAGCCUUAAUAUGUUAGGUACUUUUUGGGAUUCUUUUUGUGUUUAAUAAGAAAAGCAACAGAGCACAUGUGUCCCUUUAGGACUGUGUUUCGCCCAUUUGCUAUUCUCUGUGUUUUCCUCGCUUUAAAGCUGCUGAUUGCAUUGUCGUAUGUUAAAAAGCAGAUUACAUUCAGACUUCUUAGGAGUCAGUGUGGCUUUGUUUUUAAGCCAGGAUUUGGUAAAUCGUAAUGUGACUGGAAACGUUUGUUUCUUGUAGCUUAAUGAUCUACCUGUUUAAAAUAAUGAAAGGUGAAUUCUGUGAAGCUACAAAAUGUUUUUCAUGCAGCUUUAAUGCACUACACAUUGUUCUGCUUAUGUGCCUAAAAAAAAAAGGUUGUUUUGUAGGAAAUGGAUGUUUAGAAAUGAUAAACAUGAAAUGCUGCAUUUUUAAAACCACCCUCAACAUGUUCAAGGAUCAUUGGACUUUCUUUGCCAUGACUUUGUGAAAACUGCAGUGACAACCACUGGGACUAUGAGUUGCUUUUAAUCUUUGAUUUCUCUCUGUCCCAUCUGUGGUAGAUUUCCCCUUUGUAGCUAUACUGUCUGGUCUAUAUAAAGAAUAACAAAGGGAAGCACCAACAAAUACCAGCCUCACAAUACUCUGUCAUUUGACUUUAAUGGGAUGCAUUUUUGGUGCUUUUUUUCUUUUUUUAGUUCUGUUGGAUUUUAGGUGAAAAUUAGGUCAGGUAGAGCAAAUGUGCUGAUCAGUCCUGUAUAAACUUAAUGUGGUAAAAAGUCAUUAACAGAAAAAGAAAAGUUUCUUUUAAAGUAAACUUAUAAAGUUCAUUUGUUAACAAAAUUGACUUUGUUUACUGAAAUUGCAGAUUAUUCUUCAUCUGGUAUGAUUUGUUACAGGGUAUUUCAAGAAGAUAUUAUAAAAAAAAACAACAAUAAAUUAAUGUUUCUGUACGGCACUGAACAAACCGCAGUGGUAGCAAGUCAAAAACUGUAACAUGUUGUAAACAAGUCCUCUUGAUUUCAUGUGCAUUGAUAGGAACAUUUGCACACGACUAUAAAUUAGAGGGUGAUAGAUAUUUAUUAAUAAAGUGGUUUAUAAAUAUUUACACAGUAUACUGUAUAUGGGAAUACUAUAUGUAAAGUGUGUGUAACUUGUUUUUACUCUGCUGUGAUCCUCACUUUUCAAAAAGAGAUAAAGCAAGGUAUGUGUGCAUAUAUUUGUGUUAAAACAACCUCUAUAGGCUGCUGCUGUUUUGAGUAGAAGGUGAGUUUGUUAAAUUACACAAUCUAUAUUUUUUUAUUUUGAAACUGUGUCAAAAAGACUAUGGUUUUGCUGUUACUGCCGAACCAAAUAAAAGUAAAAAAAAAAAAAUAUUGACGUACA